GUCAAACCUUUUGCUCUCCAAUUCUUGAACUUAAAGACCGGCACUCCAUCACUAUUGGCCACCGAAGCCAACGGGUCUUCUCUGUUGUUCACAUCGGGUAUUGUGAAGACACCGACGAUUUGGUGUCCGUUUUGCUGUAAUAACUGGUAUACAGAGCUGGCGAACACUGACUGUCCUAUUAUAGCGAUUUUCAUGGCCUGUACUCUUGGAAUCAUCGGAUCUGUGCUUCACAUCGAAGACAAUUCGCAACAUUUGGAUCACUUUGGCUUAUGUGAAGUCGAGGUUUUUGUCCGCAAAGACUACUACGAAUGCGGACAACCGGAGAUCCCGACCAACUCCUAUAUGUUGGACAAACCGAGUCAUAUCGUCACUUAUGGCUGUCAUAACGGCUAUAAACUCGAGGGCUCUAACCAAAGGUCGUGUAUGAAGACCGGCCAAUGGACUGGCAGUCAACCCAUCUGUCGAGAAAUCAAUUGUCCCAAACCUAUCCCUAUAGACAACGGCAACUACAGGCUUAGCGGCCAAACAAAUGAUAGGCCAGCGCUGGGCAGUAGAGUGGUCUACACCUGUCAACAGGGAUAUACAACUCUGGGAGCAAAUGAUACCCAAUAUUGUCAAGAGAAUGGCACGUGGACUGGACUACAGCCCGAUUGUCACCCCAUUGAUUGCGGUCUUCCUAACGACAACAGCGAGUAUUUGGGCGGAAGAUUCAAACUAUUGAAUACAUCCACUAAAUAUGCAUCAAUGGCUGAACUAAUCUGUUUUAGUGGCAAAAUAUCGGGUCUAUUCAUUCGUUGCGGCGAAGAUGGCUUGUGGUCAGGACUCGACUCCACUUGCAUUUACAAUAAAGUGAAUUACUAUACGGCCAAUGCAUCAGAAAGUAUUGGACAGAAAAAUUCAGACAUAAGUGUGUCGGCAAUAUUGGCGUCGGUUAUUGUGGCCGUACUUCUCAUACUAAUUGUAUUAGUCUUCCUAUUAUUCAAAAAAAAAAUAUUGCAUAUAAAGUGCUCGACACCGGCGCUAAACAUAGUGGGAAGUCGGCGGACAUCAUGGGCUCUGGAAGCGCUCCGAUCAACAAAUCUUCAGCUGAGAAAACCGUUCAGAUUUCAGUCAAACACUUCUGUCAAACAGGAAACUAAUAGACAUCCAAUUCAGUCGUCCAUUAAAACUGUUUCGUCAAACUUAGAGAAUGCUUCUCGCCGAUAUUAUCGCCGGCUUAACCGACGGUAUUGUGACCAUGGGCAAAUGGGACACAUCGGACAGAUUAAGUCAAACCCAUUGACUCGACCGCAACCGCUGUCACCGCCCACUGGAUUGUACGCGAGGGUAGACCUCAUUCAGAAACAUAAGGAUCGACUUAUUCGGCAACAAAAGCGUAUCAAAGAGUAUCUAAACAGAAGUCUUAGGAGGAGUACUGAGGGAAGCGAUGGUACGGAUGGCACAGAUGGCACGUAUACCAGCCAUAAUCAUCCAACACUUCAUCACACGGUAUCAAAUCCGGAUGAAGUAUUGGGUCAUUCCUCUGGAGAGGCGUAUAAAACCAUAAGAGUUUCGUCACUCGAUAUGUCAAACGCGCGUCUAUUGAAGGAUAAUAUGAUUUUUGUCGGACACCCGGCGCUUACAAAUUGUGAUAAUUUGAGUCAACUAACAGCCAAUGGCUCUAACGAUGAGAUCACACAUAUCUAUACCAUAAGACAGUCAGUGUUCGCCAGCUCUGUAUACCAGUUAUUACAGCAAAACGGACACCAAAUCGUCGGUGUCUUCACAAUACCCGAUGUGAACAACAGAGAAGACCCGUUGGCUUCGGUGGCCAAUAGUGAUGGAGUGCCGGUCUUUAAGUUCAAGAAUUGGAGAGCAAAAGGUCAGCCUCUGCCCAAAGUGCUGGAGCAGUACAAGUCAGUGGGCGCUGAGCUAAAUGUGAUGCCCUAUUGCUCUCAGUUUAUACCAAUGGAAGUGAUUCUUCACCCAAAACACCAGUCCAUUGUCUAUCACCCGUCACUACUGCCCAAACACAGGGGUGCGGCCAGUAUUAAUUGGACCAUCAUUAGUGGUGAUAAACUAGCCGAUAAGCAUGUGAUCAUCGCAUGA